AUGAGGUUCGGGCAGCAACUGCGAAGCUCCCUCAUCAAGGACUGGUACUACUACUACAUUGCCUACGACGACCUGAAAAAGAGUCUGCGCACCGACUUCGAGCACACGCCUGCUAUCGCCCAGGCUCACAAGAAGAGGCAGCCGUGGUCGGAGGAAGAUGAGCGCCGCUUCGUGAACCAGCUCGAGCAGGAGCUGGACAAGGUCUUCACCUUCCAGAAGGUCAAGAGCCAGGAGAUCAUACGCCGCAUCAAGGCCAGCGAGAAGGAAGUGCAGGAAGUCAUCGCCCGGGCUGAAGCGGCGCAAAAUGGCGACGACCUCGCCAAGCAGAAUGCACCCUCGGAAGACGAGUUCUUGCUGCUCGAAGAGGACCUCUCGGACAUCAUUGCAGAUGUCCACGACAUUGCCAAGUUCACGCAGCUGAACUACACCGGUUUCCAGAAGAUCAUCAAGAAGCAUGACAAGCAGACGCAUUGGCACUUGAAGCCUGUCUUCGCUGCACGACUCAACGCUCGUCCGUUCUUCAAGGAUGACUACGAUAGUACCGUUGUCAAUCUCUCGAAGCUCUACGACCAAGUCCGGACACGAGGCAAUCCCACCAAGGGAGACUCGUCAGCCGGCGGCAAGCAACAGAACUUUGUGCGUCAAACCACCAAGUACUGGGUGCAUCCAGACAACAUCACCGAGCUGAAGCUCAUCAUCCUGAAGCAUCUGCCUGUGCUUGUCUUCAACCCUAGCAAGGAAUUCGAGAAGAAGGACUCCGCUAUCUCGUCCAUCUACUACGACAACCCUGAAACAUGGGAGCUCUACGAAGGCCGCCUGAAAAAGACGGAAGGUGCCGAGGCCAUACGUUUGCGAUGGUACGGAGGCAUGGAGGUCGACACAAUCUUCGUGGAGCGGAAGACACAUCGAGAAGAUUGGACCGGCGAGAAGUCAGUCAAGGCUCGCUUCUCCACCAAAGAAAAGAAUGUGAAUGCAUACCUCCGCGGCGACAUGACGACCGAGCAGAUCUUCGAGAAGAUGCGCAAGGAUGGCAAGAAGAGCAAGAAGGAGAUCGACGACCUCGAGCAGCUUGCGAAAGAGAUCCAGUUCCGCGUCAUCGACCGAAAGCUGGUCCCUGUCUGCCGCUCCUUCUACAACCGAACAGCCUUCCAGCUGCCAGGCGACGCUCGUGUUCGUGUCUCUUUGGACACUGAAUUGACCAUGGUUCGAGAGGACAAUCUUGAUGGCCGGCAACGAGCAGGCAAGAACUGGCGUCGCAUGGACAUUGGCAUUGAUUAUCCAUUUCCGCAGCUGCCGCCUGAGGAUGUAGAGCGCUUUCCAUACGGCGUGCUUGAGGUGAAGCUGCAGACUGCCCAAGGUCAAGAACCGCCAGAGUGGAUAAGAGAGCUCACGGCUUCUCACCUGGUCGAGGCAGUUCCUAAAUUCUCCAAAUUCAUCCACGGAUGUGCAACACUGUUCCCUACCCGAAUCGACCUCCUGCCCUUCUGGUUCCCGCAAAUGGACACCGACAUCCGCAAACCUGUCAGCCACAAAUUCGGCAUUGAGCGACCUGGCCAAAGUACAGAUGUGAGCACUAGCGCAGCAAUGGAUGACGACAGCGAUGACGAGCUUGAGGAAGACGAGGAUCUGGAUGACGAUGAGAACCAACAAAGGUUGCGGGCUGCUCGAGAUGCCCUAGAACAACACGAGCAAGACCGGCAUCUUGCCUCGAAUGGUCACGCUAAUGGCGACGCGCACGACCAGGAUGGCAACAUCAUGGACGAGGAAGAGCGCAUGGCCCACAAGCCAUUGAUCUCUGUGGACGAUGACUAUCCAAUCUACGACUCCGAUGACGAGGAGGAAGCUCUCGAAGACGCCAAGAAGAAGGGUGGUUUUGCGUACCGAUGGAAACUGGUCAAGUGGUACUCUGGAGUUGCGGGCGACAAGCUUUUAUAUUUCCUCAAACAAGCUACGCCUUUCCCAACGCCGACGCAAAUCCCCGCUGCAGAAGGUCGAAUGGGUAUCCCUCGCGGCGCUGGCGUGUCGGAGAAGCGCUUCAAGGCGCCCAAGGGCAAGAAGAUCCACGUACCUGUUCGUGUGGAGCCGAAGGUGUCGUUUGCUGCAGAAAGGACGUUCUUGGCAUGGCUCGAGUUUUCCAUCAUCCUCGGCUCUAUUGCAGUCACGCUCAUCAACUUCGGCGAUCGUGUCGGACUCGCAGCAUCAGUGGCAUUCACCAUUCUUGCCAUCAUCGCUCUCUUCUAUUCCAUAGCCAUCUUCCUCUGGCGCGUUGAUAGGAUCAAGCAGCGCAAGGCAGUGCAGUAUCAUGACAAGUGGGGACCGUCGGUACUAUGCGUUGGACUCCUAGCUUGCGUUAGUGUGGCGAUUGCGUAUCGCUUCAAGUAUGGAGGUGAGGGUGACUUGCGAGGCAAGAACCCGGGUCGAAGACCUGGAGGCGAAAAGUCUGUGAUACAUGUGUAGACCGUAGGUAUGGUGUGAAUUUCGAGCGAGCGAGCGCAGUGUAUAGUAGUACAGUCAGGCAGAUACUAAUACAGCGAUCAGAUCUUGCGGCAUUUUGCCGAUGAGAUUAUAGCUUGG